UCAAAACAUGUGUCAAACUUUAAUUUGAGUUAAAAUUGAUAGUGCUUUGCUGUUAGUUUCGAAAUGCAUUCCUUCUUUUCGAGAAGUGAGGGCACAGUUUACGCUUUGUUUACACUCUUCUACAUAUUUUUUUCGGCAUGUCUUGUUGCCCCACCAACCGAAUUCAUAUCAGCUGGUUUGACAGUCCAAAAUAUAUUUUCCUCCUUUCUGGGAAGUGAACAAAUGCAUUUUGUGUAUUACCAUAUAAGAAGAACUACUGCAACGAUGAUUGUGCAUUCACUAUUACCUCUUGGUUAUUACAUUGGACUGGGACUAUUUGCACCUGAGCUUCAACUGUUCUUUCCAUGGUCAACACACACAGUUUGGAAUAUCUUUCUUGCAAUUUCCGUACUUCUUCCAGUAUUGUUUUCACUGCUGGCGCUCUACUGGUUCAAGGACAAGUGGAAUAAUCAUCCUAUUGCAUGUCAGCUCUCGUAUCUGACCAAUGAUCCAUCAUCCAGCUGGCGUUCAGUGGCGUCAUCAAUUGACAUAGAAUUCCGUCGAGUUGAUAAAUUUACAACAGGCCAUCACGGACGAAGGUUAAUAGUGACCGAUUCAUGGAUAAUGAAGACUUCAGCAUAUUUUGUGAAUAUUGCUCACCAGCAGGACAUUCAUCUAACUCUGUCUGGUUCAGAGGAGCAUGAAAUAUCGUAUGAAAAUCUCACGCCAGCUCAGUUCUUGAACAUACAUGUCGGUGUUGUUAAUCGAAAAAUAAAAUCAUUUGAUGUGAGAUUAAAUGCAACAGAAUUGGGUGAUCUUAAAGAGAAGCUACAGUCGCCUGUGAGGAAUGCAAGGAAUAUUGUAAUCAAGCAGUCACUUAGCGACCAGUUUUUAGAGGCCUUCCGAGAGCAAGUGAAUAUGAAUCCACCAUUCACUCCACCACCCAGCAUGGAGGUAGAAAACUGUAUUGGCUGCAUGCAGAAAAUGGCCAACGUGAAGCUGCACAAACUGUGUGACAACAUGGACAGUGGCGACUGUGUGCCGUGCUACUGCCGGCCCAUGUGGUGUCUCGAGUGCAUGGGCAAGUGGUUCGCCAGUCGGCAGGACCAGCACCAGCCGGAGGGCUGGCUCAGCAGCAAAUCUCCAUGCCCCACGUGUCGGGCCAAGUUCUGUGUGCUCGACGUCUGCCAUAUUAAAGAGUGAACUACAGUCAAAAUGGGCUACGAGGUGCGAUCAAAAAGUUCUGAGACUGUUACUGUUGUGAACAAACGGAGUGCGACAUGGCCAUGCACGUGCAAAAGGAGUGAGCAGUAACUUUUGUUAUUCAGUAUGCCAUGUGAUGUUGUCAUGCGUUCAACAUCGGGAUCUGUGUUACACACAUUUUUAUGACCACAUGUAUUUGCUUAUUUGUGAUUUCACUAUAGACCUGAAACUUGAGCAGAGAGCAAACAUCAAAUUCUGUGUCAAUCAGCAACGGAGACCACGUAAUGCUUAAGCAAGCCUAUGGCAAUGAGUUUGGCGAGGUGUUUUGAGUGGUAUUCUUGCUUUAAGAGGGGCAGAACAUCACUGGAGGAUGACGAGAGGUCAGAGUGACCCUCCACAAGCACAACCCCCAAAAAUGUCGAAGAAAUUGAAUGAACUGUGUGUCAGGAUCGUUGGAUCACCGUGAAGGAAGUUGCUGACAUUGUCAACAGGUCAUUUGGAACAGUUCACACAAUCCUCACUUCUGAUUUGAACAUGCACCGCAAAUCACAGAUGGUUCUUGACUCGCUUAAAGAAUGUGACUUCCAGGUGGCAUUCCAAGCAUUGCAGAAGCACUGGGAGCGGUGUAUUGCUGCACAAGGUGGCUACUUCGAAGGGGACAGCGGCCAAAAUUAGAUUCAGCACAGUAUUUGCUGUUUUAGAGGCAUAGUAUCGAAAAUUUUUGAUCGCACCCUCGUAUAUCGAGGUUGAAGGGAGCAAUCCAAAAAACUUAGGAUGUUGAUGGUUCAAUAUAAAAAUAAUACAGUGAAACCCCUCAAAACCAGACAUUGUAAACCAGAAUUCCCCCCAAAAAAACCAGACUCUGGAAAAAGAGGAUUCACUCAAAACCAGAAUUCCCUCAAAACCGAAAAUUUUUCACAGUCCAAUUACAAAUAAUACAGAAAAUAACCUUUCUAAAUUGGAUCCACCUUAAAAUCACUUUUUACUUGAUCCUGUGGAUGUCUGGUUUAAAGCGGUUUCACUGUAGUUGUUGAGUGAAAAUUUCUCCACCUUGAGAUCUCCUAGACUCGUAAGAUAACGGACUGUAUUUAAAAUAAAAUGUUUUUGAUAUAGGAACAUAGUAUUUUAGCUCAAGUGUCCUUUAUGGUACCAUAUUUAUGUUUGAGGAUGGGGAUAACGUGCAUUUGAAAACUGGACAAUAUUAAAUUUGUUUUCCGUGGUAUGUUUUUUAUCGGAGACAUUUUCAGGGGUAAAAAAUUGUUGAAUUGUGUGUUGUACAUCUUUAUUAGUCCCCUGCCAGUCCAACCGGAGGGAACUAUAGGUUUCAUCUCUGUCCUGUCUUAGUCCCAGGUAUUGUUUUCCUUACUAAUUGUUUUUUUCAGAAUGCCUCUAGAUAUUGAGGUGAUAUUAUUGUGUAUAGCUUUAUAAUGUACAUGUACCGUUACAGAUUAAGUUUGAUUUUUAUGGCGAUUUAUUUAUUUUUGAUGGAGUUAUGGCCCUUGAAGUUAAUUUAUAUAAAAUAGUUGGGCAUUACUUUUGGUACUCUCAGAAUAUUUGUUAGUAAAGAGGAGGAUAUCAGUGUUGGCUGUUAUUAUUCAGUGGUAUAUGUAUGUACUAACUUCUUUUAAGAAUGUAUCACCUUCAAAAUCCAAGUGGGUAAAUGCCCAACAUUACAAUGCCCAUUAAAAAUUAAACUUUGCUGUAAAUGUGGUCUGGAGUGCAUGUCUAAAAAGUUCCAAAUAACUGCUUUUGACCAGUACAUUAUUGUUGGCUUUUCCACAGAUUAUCAAAAAACUUCUGUAUACUCUGUCCAAAAGUUAUGAUCUGGUUUUGGCCAAUAUUUUGCAUACAGUCUAAAUGGGGGUUACCAUUUUAUACCAGAGUGCAACCCUAACUCUAGGGCCAAUUUCAGUACACGACCACCAGUAUUAAAACUAUCAGAUAUUUCUUUUUAACCGACUUUCAUCUCUGUUAACAUUUUUGUUUGCCCUUGCAUAAGUUCAUUCUAACAAAGUCCAUGUCCAUCCUGGUGACAGAAUUCUUUAAGAUGAAGGAAAAUCAACAGGUAGUACAAUGAAACUCAUCUAAACCGGACAUCCAAAAGAUCAAGUAAAAAAUCCAGUUUUAAGGACAUUUUCAGUUUAGACAAUGUUAUGAUAUUGUUAACAUAAAACAUAUACAUGUACUACAGAAUGCUCGAAACCGGUAGAUAUCUGUACUCGCCUCAUGAUGGUUUCCGAACAAUGUCAAGGACGAGAUGGUUGUAUAUAAAGUCAGGAAUCAAAAAUAUUAAUCAUUUAGUGGAACAGGAUUAGAGACAUAUUAUAACAUCCCCCUUUUCUUAGAUAGAUUUAACAUUUUAAACAUAUUAACAAUUUGUUCCUCAAAUGUCUCUUGGAAUCUGAAAAUAAGGAAAUUAUAUUCAAAGUCUGUUGAUAUCUGAAAAUGAACAGAGGUAAUUUAACAAUUUACAGAAUGUCAAUCCAAAGUUCUCUUGGACGCUGAAAAAUAAGAAAAGUUUUGUUUUCACAGAUCACUGAUGUUAGUUAUUUCACUUAAUAAGUCUGUAUAUUCCUUGAAUCUUGCAGGCAUCCUUAUUUGCCUACCAUAACGGGUUGUAGCAUACUUGCUGUUCUUAUUUGGUAAAGGUGGUUUCAAAGUCUCAACGUUUCCUUGAAUACUUGAUUCAGUAUUUGGUGCAUUGUUAGUUGAGUCCGUGGUGUCACAUGUUGUAAAUGUUACUUGUUUAGGUGGCGUUGUUUGUUGUGUUUCAGUGUUAUACAUGAAUCUAGGGUUGCCUUCUGAUGGACCGUCUAUCGUAUCGCGGAGUUGAGAUCGGUUUCUUCUCACAAUGGAUCCAGUGUCGGCUGUUACGAGAUAAGAUCUAGGUGUGUUCUCUUGUCUGAUGACGUAACCAGGUAUCCAGGAUUUGUUUGUAUGGUCAAGAACUCUUAUUCUCUGUCCACUCUGAAGUGAUGGCAGUUCAGUUAGCAGUGAGUGUGCAUCAAAGUAAUGUUUCAUGAUAGUGUGUCUUUCUUGUAGGUGUUUACGUUUCUAGAUUGACUUAAUGCCUUGAUGGCAGUGUUGUUAAUAUAGGUCUGCCAAACAUCAUUUCUGCAGGUGAGGGCAGGUUUGACGAUACUGGUGUUGCUCUCGGAUGUAGUAGUGCAAUAUCUGUCUUGGUUGGUGCUCAAACAUUUCUGCAGUAUGUGUUUCACUGUUCCAACCAUUCGUUCUGCAAAGCCAUUAGAUCUGGGAUAAUGUGGGGAAGAGGUUAUAUGGUUGAUACAUCACCAACGACAAAGAUCCUUAAAUGGUUUUCCUGUGUACUGUGUUCCAUUAUCGCUGAUGAUAGUACCUGGUUUACCCAUAAGUAAACACAAUGCAACGAUCUCUCUUGAAACAGAUAUACUUAUAACAGGUGCUGGCAUUUGUUUCACAAAUGGAUACUUUGUUAAGUAGUCUGCUACCAGCAAGUAGUGUUUCUCACCAAUUUGGAACAAGUCUGUUGCUAGUUUCUUCUGCAGAGAUCCUGGCACUUUGUGUGGUUGGAGUGGCUCGUGCCUUUGCUGAGGUUAUAGUUCUUGGCACACAGAACAUUUCUGGAUCAUUUCUCAAUGUCUUGCUUGAUCUGUGGCCAAAAUACAGAUUCUCUUGCCAGUUUGCCUGUCUUCUCAAUGCCUUGAUGAGAUACAUGGAGCUGGUCAAGGAUAUCAUUACAGUUUCUCUGGUAUCAACACUUGUUUACCUUUGAAGAUAAUACCAUCUUCCACAGCAAGUUCAUCAAAAUGAUCUGACUGUUGAUGUUGCCUUGAUGUCGUCUGUCAUGAUAGUUUCUUUCAACGUGUUGAGAAAAGGGUUGUUGGUCGUUUCUGUUUUCAAGUGGUUACGUUUGGUUGCUCCAAAGUUGAUUAGAUCAAUUGCUAUGUUUACUGUAUCCUCACUGGUAAUUUCGUUGGCUGGUAUGCAGUUCUGCAGAUUCAAUGUUUUCAGGAUUGGGCAGUUUUGAGAGAGUGUCAGCUAAUACCAUCUCCUUGCCUGGUUUGUAGAUGAGAUGGAAGUCAUUUUCAGUGAGUUUAAAGAACUUGCGUUGUAAUCUUGGUGGCGCCCUGUUGAUAGGUUUCUGAUUCAACAUUACAAGUGGCUUGUGGUCAGUGAAUACAGAGAACAGAGAAUCUGCAUUUGUACAGAUAUGUAUGGAAAAUGUUCAACACCAUGUAAAAGAGCUAUGUUCGAGUUGGCAGCUUGAGUAGGUGUCAGUGAUUUGGAUGCGAAUGCAAUAGGUUUAUCCUGUAUCAGUGCGCCACCUAGACCCUUCAUUGAUGCAUCUACUUCCAAGAUGAGAGGUUUAUCCAUGUCAUAGUAGGCCAGACAGGAUUCAUCGUUAAUCAGCAAUUGCAGUCAUUCGAAGCAGGUUUGGUGAUUUAUGUCCCAUAUGAACAGUGACUCGUUCUUCAGUAGAUCUCUUAGUGGCUGUGAUUCUGAGCAGAAAUUUGGUAUGUAUAUGCUUAGGCAUGUCAUAAGACCCAAGAAUCUCUGUAGAACUUCUUUGUUUUCAUGUGGAUGUCUUGUAGCUUCAGGCCUGUAGCAGGGGAGUGGCUUUUUUUUCUCUUUUUUUUUGAUAACCUUUACAUCUCGACUGAAUGUAAAAGUUGUAGCGAGACUAAUGGAUCGAGAUUAACGGUGAGAGUUACAGUAACGGGCAAAUAACCUUUGAAUCAUACCCCCCGGGCCCCCCAAAUAACUUGCACCUUCGGCUCUC